AUGGUAAUCUAUGUUGGUGUGUUCCGGACGGUAAAGGAAAUGAAAACGUAUACUGCUUAUAUUGUCAACUUUACGGUAUGUUGGCAAAAAUUUUUAAAUUAAAAAAUUUUUUUUGAGUGGCGUGGGGUUUAAAAAUGAUUUAGAAAAGCGUAGAACGUGGUUUCCGUUGAUGGGUUUAGUAAAGAAACUUUGGGAAAAUGUUUUAAUGGGCAAAAAAUAUAUUACCUUUUUCAGCCUAAGAAUUAGGUAUUGAACAAGAAACGUUAAACUGAAAAGAUUGUAUCUUCCAGAUUUGCGACCUAUGUUUGUCAUUAACAAUGGGUGUGUUAGUACGACCAGAGCCAAUUUUUCCACUUGAUGGAGCCAAAGUAACUGGUUUCUUACAAUACUUUGGAAGUUAUGCUGGUUACAUUUCGGUAUGUUAA